CAUCCACACACACAUUCCCUAGACCGGAAAUAUAAGACGGCAGAGAUAUGCAACUAUGAGCUGCGAACCUAGAAGUUUCUUCCUGUCUGUAAUUUGGAUGUUCGUUGGUGUUUUGGUGUUCAGAGUGUUAGUACAUGACCCAAAAAGCUGAAAAAGACAGAUGUACAAACACUGAGCGGUCAGUGAAGAACGAUGGCGUCUGUUAAACGAAAGCUUAAUGACACACUGGAUGAUCUGGAAGAAGAAAAAUUGAAGAGAUUUAAGAGCUACUUAAGAGAAGAUGGACCUAUUCCAGUUUCUGUACUGGAGAAAGCAGAUGCAACUGACACAGUAGAUCAGAUGCUGGAUCGUUUUGGACCAGAAAGAGCUGUGAAGAUCACACUGGAUAUCCUGAAAAAGAUGAACCAAAACCAUCUUGCUGAACAGUUAGAGAACAAACACACCAAAGCAACACAAAUCAACACAGACGCUCAGAGACAGAAGAGAAACGGAGAGAAACAAGUACACUAUACUCCAGUCCAGAUGAGAGAUGCCCCAACUGGAGUCAAUGUUGAUAUAAAAGCUGAAACAGGUGCAAGUGUUAAUGCUCCUGUAUUGACUGCAAACACCUUCAACGGACCAGUAACCAUUUAUGGCUCAAAUGCUGCAGGAAAUG